AUGCGCCGGUCUGUUUUGCAGGAAUGGAACAAGAUCGCCCACCACUUCCUGAAGGGCUCGCGGACGGGCACGCAGUGCGCCACCCACUGGAAGAUGGUGGUGAAGCCGGCCCUGCUCAAGGGGGUGUGGUCCCCCGAGGAGGACGCCGUCAUCUUCGACUGCGUCGCGCGCGGGGUCACCGACUGGGCCGAGGUCGCGGCCGCCCUGCCCAAGCGCAAGCCCAAGCACUGCCGGGAGCGCUGGAGCAACCACCUCGACCCGAACCUCCGCAAGGGUCCCGGCUGGACAGCCGCCGAGGAAGUCAAGCUCGUCAGCGCGGUGGAGGCCAACGGCACCAACUGGAGCCUCAUCGCCCGCCAUUUCCCCGGCCGGAGCGAGGCGGUGAUCCAGCAGCACUGGAACGAGAUCGUGUUCCGCAACUCUGUGGGCGGGCGGCGCGGCCGGACGGGGACGGACUCGGGGGGGGGCGUGGCUUGUAGCGCGAGGGGGAGGGCGAAAGCGUCAACGCUGCCGGCGGAGCCUUCGGAGAUUUUCCUGGGCGACCUGGGGGGUCAGGACCUCAUCGCUCGAGAGACGGAGCAGCAGCAGCAGCAGCAGCAGCAGGCGGUGACGCUCACGGACCGUGAGAAGGCUCUCAUGGACCACGCCUUCAAGACGGGCUUGAACGCGGCGACGGGAAGCGCGAGAGUCGCUCAGCAGCAGCAUCCGCAGCAGCAGCAGCAUCCGCCACCGCCUGCGGGCUUGAUGGGCGCGGUGGCGCCGCCGCCAAAGGGUUGCGAUAUCGGGUCGCUCACGCUGUCGAGCGAAGAGGACGACCUCUUCGCUCCCCUCACCGCUGCCCUGCUCCGCGACGAGGAAGGUGGUGGUGGGUGCAGUCCCUCGGGCAUGCCGCCACCGUCGCCUACUUGUUCCCCGCUCAAGGCGCAUAAGCAGCAGCCGGACUACACGUCGAUCGGGGAUCAGCUCGGGGACGGCUGGGUGGUGGACGACGACCCCGCGCUCGAUGACCUCUACAGGAGCCUGGACAACAUCGGCGAAUCCCUGUUCAACGAGGACAACUUCGAGCUGAGCUUCGACUUCGACAACGUCGGCAAGCCCGCCCCGUCGUGCGAUAGCGGCCUGAGCUGCGGCCAGCCGACCAACCCUUCCAAGAGCUGGGAUGCUCCAAGCCUUCUCCCGUCGCAGGAGACGAGCGGGUCUCCGUUCCGCCAGGCCGCGGCCAACGCGGCAGCAACCUUAGGAUGCCAACAUUCUCCUGCCAAGCGCGAGCCGCGGGGGUCAUCAAAGGGGAAGGAGCUCGAGGAGGCGUGCGCGAGGGCCGCAGCCGCCGCUGCCGCCGCCGCCGCGGCCGCUCAGGCAGCGGCCCCGCAGCCGCCAACGUCUUCGGCGGCGGCGGCGGCGGUUGCGGUGGCCCCAGCGCCGGCCGCGCCAAUUCCGGAGCCCGUCGCCGGACCUCGCGUCAGGCAAGGGUUCCUCCGACGACUGCUGUUCUCGGCCGGCGUGACGCCCACGAAGCCGAGGUCUCACACACCGUUUUCGACCGUGCGCGGCUGUCUCUCGGAGGCGAACGCACCGCCGCCGCCGCCACCGCCGCCGCCGCAACCGUCCGGACUCGGCGUGGUCCGCCGAAUCCGGCGACAACCGCAGAGCGGUCGCGCCCAGCCUCAAGCACGGGAAGGCGGAGGUGAAGAUCCCGCGCCCGCAAACGCCGGUGGCAGGCGCUCCGCUGUCGUCGCUUCCGGCCAACAGGUUAAACUGAGACGCGCGUUUGAGGUGAGGGGUGGCCUUGCUUGCCGAGGACACUCGUGAUGAAGGGGAAGACGAGGAGAGAACUGCGCCAGAAAGCCGGUACACGAGCGGAACGUGUUGCAGAGGGCUAGGAACAGCCACACUCAAUUCUGUUGCGAGAGGUUGCG